UGGAAAUGAUGUAUAUCAGACUCAAUCGGUUUACGGCCGACGUCAAAGUUUCCCUUGCUUGCAACCGACAGUCAUAAUUCUUCUUCCUCUUACUUCUUACAAACUCUUUCACAAGUUACUUUGCUGAUCAUUAUAUGUCUUCAUAGCAACUCUCAUGGCAGCAGAUUCUGUCCUCACUACUACAUCCUCAGAAAUGUCUACUUUGGUCGACCCAUCCCCUGUGACUACUGCUGCUCCUUCACCAUCCAAUGCAUACGUGAAUCCUUCCCAGAUGGUCACUCCAGAACCACAAGCUGGCCCUUCUCAUUACCGCACACAAAAAGACAAAGUCGCUUUGAAGAAACGUAGACGCGAUGAAGACACUGAAGCUCCUCGCAAAAGCAGGGACGGUCCCAAGAAAAAGAAAGCCAAUCGUGCCUGCGCGCACUGUCAGAAAGCACAUUUAACAUGUGAUGAUUGUAGGUCACCUGUUUGUUCCCCGGAUCUCGCACAUGUCAACCUCAUAUUUCCUCUAAUAGCUCGUCCUUGUCAACGUUGCGUCAAGCGUGGAAUUGCUUCUAGCUGUACAGAAGGUCAUCGCAAGAAAGCCAAGUAUCUUCUCGAUGAUGACGAACUUCAACAACUUAAGAAAAAGGGCAGAGUUCCUGAUUCGAGUUCAGAGCCGACACCCGCGCUCCAACCGACAUCUGAAACCUUCCAAUCGCACGAUCCACUCUUUAAUGUGUCGUUCGAUCCCAAUUUUACGUUCGGCUCCGAGGCUGCCAACCUAGAGUACUCCAUUCUUUCUGCGAUCUUGGGUAAUCCAAGUCCUCCAGAAUCUGGUACAGCACCGUCCCCGUCACAACAGCAACAACAACAAGUUUCCCAGCCAAUCCCAAAUUCGGCGUGGUCUCCUGAGCCACUUCACGCCCAACCCCAGUACAUUCAGGGAACGCCAAGCAAUUUUGGCUCCCCGUUCGGCGAUCCGCCUCAGUUAUCGAUGCCGCAGUCAGAUAGCAUAUCUGCUUCUCAAUCGUCGCCAACCUUCCUUGCAAGCUAUCCUGCCCCACUAUGUCGAACUUCGUCACCAGCGUUGCAAUACUCAUAUGCUCAACCACAGCCCCAAUUAUCAGCUCCAUACAACCUUGCACCGCACUAUUCGCGUGGUGUCGUUAGUCUCGGUUCCUCAAGUGUGAUGCGCACGCCAUCAAGGGAUACUCGUUCUCACUCCUACGAGUCUUCUUCGCGGACAUCACCAUCGCCUACGGUCCAAAGCGGUGAUCACCAUUCUGUUCGUGUUUACUUUCUCAUACUGUACCUGGCUCAUCAUCCCAUUCAGACCAUCAACGUAACAGUGCCUUAUGAUUAUACCGAAGGUUACCACUUUCUCAUGAAGCAUCUCCCGAGUCGCUUUGAAAAGAAUGACAUAUUACGCAUUGUUCGAGCACUCGCCAUCUUUCGACCAUCGCUUAUCGCUCUGCAAAUGCCCAUGACGGAUGAGGACGAAGUGUUCGUCGAGAAAUGUUUCCAAAGAUCACUACUCGAACUCGAAAAGCUUAUAUCGUACAGCGGCACACCAACGGUUGUCUGGAGGCGAACCGGCGAAAUCUGUCUCGUCGCACCCGAGUUUUGCAUGCUCACGGAGUGGCGCCUGGAAGAUCUCGUUGGAAAGCGCAAGUACAUAUACGAAUUAUUCGAAAACCAAUCCGUCGUCGAAUACUGGGAAAACUUCGCCUCUCAUGCUUUUGAGAACACGACCAAAUCAGUAUACUCGCACUGCGUUUUGCUCAAGCCCUCCGGCGCGCCGAUACCCUCGACCUUUUGUUUUUCAAUACGAAGGGACAUCUUUGAUCUUCCCAGCAUAGUUAUCGGCCAAUGGUUACCGCUCCUAUGACCCGAUGUCCCACCCGGAUAAUGUUGUGACUCGCUUAUCUAUUUAUCUACAUUUGUACCGAGAUACUGCAUUCCUUGGAGAGGAUGGCUUA